AAUCACUUGGCCGAGACAGCGCUCAGGCAAAACAUGUGGGUCAGAAUCUGUCUCGCCCUAUAUAUGCUUGCCUCCUGCGUGGCCGACGUUGCAGCCGACGACCAAGACCGCCCGGAAACCGGGCCCCUAUUCUAUUCUCCAUACGGUCCUCCGUCGGUGUACAACAGGCAUCCCUAUCCUGACCUGCCCUUGGUACACAUGAUUGUCGACAUGCCAGCGUCUAAUGACGAUGCUGAUGAACAUGAUGCUGAUGACAACCAAUCUGAAGAAAAUCAGAUGAUGGAUAUCGUUCGUUCAAUGCACGACCCUAUCUUCCAGAGCACCUUCACAUCCUCCCCUCACGGAAAUUUCGUCCACGGUUCUGUGGCCAACGCGGUGCCCGGUCAUGCUCCUAUAACCUUCCGGGCUGGAAGCAUCGCGCCGACGGCUAUACUCAAUAAAAAUUCAUUGCAAGGAUCAUUUAGAGUAGACGUCGUUGGUUCAAGCCAGUCCCCUCGGCUGAAUAAUUCCUUUCUGGCGUCCAGCAAAGAUCAAGAGACUAGGAAAACUAUGCCCAAAAAUAAUAGCAUUCUCAAGCACAAAGCAGGUAUCUUACUCCCAACACGAUACCCUGGAUCAAGAUUGCACCCAGUUGCACACGAUUCGGGAGAUUAUAUUCCAAUCACGCAUUUUGAUGGGAGAAUAAAUAAUGAUGCUAACAGAGAGAACAGUUAUACCAAUAGAUUCUUGUGGCCUCUUAGAGGUGGCAAAAAUCAUUUUCGUUCCAUGUCACAAUUUACUCAAGGGAUAGUUCGUAACAAGUAUUCAGGUUUAGGCGCGCUUUCUAACGCUCCGAUCAGCGAAAAUACUGUCACCUCACAGUCUUCUAAGACGGUGCCAUCAUUUACAUUUAAUUACAAUAAUGCACCAAGAGGUCGCACAACUCUGACAUCACGAAAUGAGGAGUUAGCGAGACACAUUGAACGAGGCUCAUUGAGCGUUUUAGGUGACCGAAAUCUUCCGGUUACCCGUUACUCCCAGAAAGAUCUUUCUCACUCUCAUUACGAAGGAAAUGGUCCUAAUAUUAACAAAUAUCUGCCUUACAUUCAAAACAACCAUGCCAGAAAAAUGACUUUCAAUGUUCAACGAGCGCAAAGUACCAUUUCCAGCGCGAAAUAUGGCGGCCUCGUCGAUCAGAGCGUCUUAGCCAAAAGAAAAAUUGUUCCCAGAGGCAAUCAAAAUCACGCUCAUAGCGCUCAUAAUUCUAAAUAUUAGAAUGUGCAUUAAAACUUAUUUAUGCUGAUUAAAUGCUGUCAUGAACCAGAAACACUGAUAUCAUAAACACUACUUCGUUACAUCUAUUUUUUUGUUAGCCACCGGAACCGAACAUGUGGUAAACUGGACAAUUUACCACUGCUGCUCACGAUGGUAAUUUUUUUGUUUAAAUGUAGAAUAAAUGAGUGUUGAUCACCACCGAGUAACUAAAUUUCCUGCUUCUAUUCAGCAUUUUCAGCAAAAUGUUUGCAUUAUUCAGUGGGAAUACAGGAAAAUGUCCCGUCCAAUGCGUUUCGUUUACAAUUUUUGGAUUACGGAUAAUGUUUAUCAUUUUCUGUAAUUAAUUAAUGCGUAGCCAUACAUGCUUAUGUUUUAUGUUCAAGAAUAAAAUUUUUUAAAAUUG